AUGUUAGAAACAUUGUGGAGGAAGCUGUUAUUUAUGCUUGUGAAAAAAAAAUCAUAUUUACCUGCUCAGACGGAAGUGAAAUUUAUUAAAAACACAAAAAUUAAUUAUUGGCUUAUAACUGGAUGGUAAAUACUGUAUUAUAAAAAUGCCAAUAUCUAUAUAUAUAUUUGAAUGUUUUGGUUAAUGAAGAAAUAUAUUUUUAAUCACAGGACACUGUGCGUUCUCGUUUACGUGAUAUCUUGUGUCUUAAUCAUAAGCCAUGGAUUAAAAAUAGGACAAGUGAAGAGUUCACAUUGGCUAAUGAGUAUAAUAAUAUCAUUGAUACAAGACGCACUUUUUGUAGAACCUUUACUUAUAAUAAUAUCUAGCUGUGUUUUGUAUAAGUUCAAUCAAGUAAUUAAAAACGGUGAUUAAUUAAUAAAGAUGGAUUAAUUUGCAUUAACAUAAACGAUCUACUUAUUUUCAGCAACAAAAUAUCAUAACCGGAUAUCAAAUAAAAUUAGCUAAUUACCGCAAGAAUACCAGAAAUCAGUUACGAAAUGUACGAUUAGUUCGAAGUAUCCGUGAAAGUAGAAACAAAUAUGUAUAUAAUCCAUUUUCUCAAGCAGAUGUCGAGGUAAUUAUAUAAUAACUGAUUUUUAUAAAUUACUAGACAAUAAAUUAUUAUGUUUGAUUGAUUUUUAAUAAAAUAAAUGAGCCCAUGAAAUAUUUUAUACAUUCACCUACCUUUUUAAUUAAAAAUCUUGAAUUCAUAUUCAUGUAUGAAUAUUUUUAAUAGGUUUUGCGUAAUAAGCAAAAUAAUCAGACGUGGAUCAAACAUUUCAGAAAUCAUUCAACUACUUGUCUAUUAACAUUUUUAAUAUCGUUUUGUUGUAUCGGUGCGUUAUAUUCAUUUGACAGUCCAAUGCACAUUAUAUAUGCAAACAAUAUCAACAAAUUAUUUCUUAAGAAUAUAGUACAAAGUAAUACAAUGGAUUUGGAAAUGUAAUUCGCAUUAUAAUCUGUAUACAAAUUUACGCUUGAGCAGUGUUAGGAAUUAAUUUCUACUUAUGAGGAACGUGAACGCAAUCUUAGUUCUUUAUUUUUAAGUUGUUUAUACAUAAAUGCAGCAAAAAAAUUGUUUUAUUGGAACGGUUAUGGGGUUUAUUGGAUCAAUGUCAAUGAUUGGUGGUAGUAAGAUUUAAAAUAUAAACCAAAGGAAACCUUAAAGCAACGAGUUCCUUUUUAACAGUAGAAUGAAAAGCGGGAACAAAGCGAAAUCACUUUUUAAAUUUAAAUUUCCUGGCACUGCACUUUGGUUAGAGUUUAUUUUGAUUAGAAAUUAAUUUCAGGUUAAAGACAUUUUUAACUACAUCACUAACAGGUCCGUUACAAAUGCAGGAAUAUUACAACGGAAUACCUAUAGCCAACAUAUCAAAGGCGAACUUCAAUGAGAGUAAAGAUAUUUAUUCAGUUUUAUUUAAAUUUAAUAGAAGGUGAUAUACACCUUUUACCAUUUACAACUGUUUCAGUCUGUAGAAAAAAUAUCCAUUUUAAUUUUAAUUGAGGAAUUUAGGUUGAAAUUAUAUUUUACGCAAUUUAAACGGAAGAAUAUUUUCGAGGCUUUGGUGUAAAUUUUUUUAAAAAUAAUUUUAAAUAAAACCAUUACGGUUAAGUAUUUAAAAAACAUAAACUAUCGUGGUUGUAAAUUUAAUUAGAUAUAAUUUAGAAAAUGACAUUUGUAUAGAUUUCAAUUUUCAAUCCACAAUUAAAAAAAUAAUGUUUAAGUCACUUAAUUUCGCUAUGUCGCAUAGCUGUAAGUUAGACUAAGACAAUAAAUGCAAAUAUCAAUUUCUCUUCAGAUAUUUUAAACUGAGAUUAAUUGUUUAAUAACCAAAAUAAUUUUACUAUUGAAGACAACAGAAGAGGUUGGUAUAAUCUUUACAACAGCAAACUGAUAAACGGAGGUAUCAGACUUUUACAAAACCGUAUCACAACUGUAAAUACCUUGAAAAUUGAUGUAGGCAAUUACAAAGAAGGUUGGAAGGAAAUUAGUAAAAUGAACAAUAUAACGGCUUGGAUGUAUAGAUCGAUACCCGUUAUAAAAUAUUUUGGCCUCUGUAAGUAUUACACGUGCAUUAUUAUGUAUAAAUUUUACUUACGUAAAAUUAACAUUGUGAAUACUGAAUUUCAAUAAAAUUAAUUUAAUAAUGUAGGGUUUCCCGAAGCACACAACUCAGGAUUUAUGUUAGACCUAACAGGAGAAUUGUCUGAGUAUAGAAAAAAACUAAACACUCACCUAGAAAAUGGAUGGUUGGAUAACCGAACGAGAAAUUUAGUUGUAGAAUUUCAAACAUACACACCCAAUAUAGAUUGCAUUACAGUAUUCAAAAUACAAUUCCAAACCACAUCCGGAUUAUUAUUCACAGUGAAUAAUGUGGUAUGUAUAAUUUACGGAUUAUAUUUAUGCAAGGUGUUCUAAAUUAUAGUUGCAGUCAAAUUGUCCGUGAAAUAAUUAAUUUUUUAAAAAAUAACCUAUGUAAUAACUUUUUGAAAUCGUAUAUUUAAAAUUACAUUAUUACAAUAGCUAUCAUAUAUUGUUCACCCUUCUUUUGGAGUAAAAUUACUGCCAAACUAUUUAAUUUAAAAUAGUAACCUAUAGAGUGAUCUAUUUCAGUAUGUUCACUUGAGAUUUUUAAAAAUACCUAUUGUAUUUUUUAAAAAAUGUUUUGUUUUUGAAAAUAAAAGAAUACAAGUUGCUCUAAAAUUUUUAAUUCAUAUUAUUUUUUGGGUUGAGAUGACAAUCGGCUUCUAAUUUUCAAAUAGAAAUUUCUAUUAAAAAUUUGAAUAAUAAUUUUUGAAAUUAAGGUUUCUGAUUUUCGUCAACCCGUAGACGAAAUAUCAUGGGAAUUUCAUUUGUGUAAUGGGGUGACAUGCAACAUUUUAAAUUUAAACUUCAAAAUGUAUUCAAAUUAAUACAGUAUUAGUUUAUAUUUAACAUAUUUAUGGAAUUUUUAAUACAAGUUAUUAUUUAAAAAUCAAAAGUGGAUUUCGAUUUAUUCAAAAAUAAGAAUGACAUUGUGUCUACGUAGAAAUUUAAAGCUGCUUGUUUUUUAAAUUAUCAAAAAAAUCAAUACUUUUUGAACCAUCGAGUGUAGACUUAUAAAGUCUGUAUAAUUACGCAAACAGAUAAAAUUUAAGGUUAAAUAAAUUUUAUUUCCGGUAACCCGUUAAAGUGAUUUCCUUCUAUUAAGUUUGAAAUCAUGCCGUGCUAAAAUGUACAAAUGAUUUGUUUUAUCAUAAUGAAGUCGGUCUACUCACCUGACUUAUCAAAAAUGUUAAAAAUAAUUAACGACAUUAAUCACAUCCGUAACCAAUAUUGCGCAGGUCUAUUCGAUACCUUCGAAUUCGAUAUUCGUCUCGUGGAUCACGUACGCGUUUACUUUGGGUUUUAUGAUUGCGUUUGCGAUCACGGCCAUGCGACUCACGAGGUCGGUGUUGUUCAUGGUGUACAAUUACGACGUUAGCCGCUUUUGGACCACCUACGAAUGCGUUAUGCUUGCGAUCGUCCUUUGCACGACGUUCACUGUGGCCGGCCGUUGGCGUCUGAUGGAACAGGCCGGCGAACAGUACGCAGCGUUUAAGGAAACAGAGUUUGUGACCAACGUGACGGAUAUGUGUCGCGCACACGAGCACAUUACUGCGCUCGUCGUCCUGGUCGGGAUCAUGGCGUUGUUCCGGGUGUUCCGGUUAGCUACGUACCGCAAACGUGUUCCAUACGUCGAACGAACGUUGCACUCGGCAAGCGGUCCCGUGGCUGCGAUCGCGGCUUACGCGUUGAUCGUCACGUUCGGUAUGUGGUAUUGUGCUCCUCGUAUCGCCAACAGUGUCCACGGGUUUUUCAACGUCUUUGUUUUGGGACGGAAUGCAUUCAACCACGGUAUACCAUGGUGGUCGAGGCACGUCACUAUCGCUACCACGGUAACAGUGUUUUUGCUCUUCAACGCCGCUGUCGUCUCGAUAAUCACUAAAUACUACAUAAUCUCGAAAACCAUCUCUGGGUGA